AUGAUCCUUGCAAGAGUCAAGACGGACUUCCUCUUUGCACGACUGGCUAAGUGCACUGAGAAUGAUUGCAGUGAAUAUCGAUCACAAGUCGACGCUAACGGAGAACUCACCUGCACAAAAGAGAAUGACCCUGUGCGUGACUCUUCUGGCCGGCAGCACAGCAACAAGUGUCUUAUGUGUGCAGAGAAGUUCAAACAAGAAGCUCAAAGAGGCAUCCAGUUUGGUAGAAAUACCCAGCAACCAACUGUGAACAGCCUUGAUGGGAACAGCAUGUAUCAGAACAGCUGCAGCCAGUCUGGUGGGACCUUUCCCUGCUCUGCCAAUGGCCAGGCUGCUCAGGGCAAUAGCGGACCAAGCGGUGGGUGUGGAGGCACGCAGCAAGGCACAGCUCAGAACGGUGGAAACUGUGGAACACAGUCUGGCAGCAACGAAAGGGAGAACCAAAGUGUUGGCAACGGCAUUAUCGUUCCGAUGGACUGCAGGCGAAUUCUGCAUGGAGUAAAGGGUGAAGCAAUUAUCUGCAGAAAUUCCUGGGAACCCGUUUGUGGCACUGACGGAAAAACAUACAGCAACAGAUGUGUCUUGUGUUCGGAGAUGACGAGAACUGGAAACGGCAUUACAGUACGGUCUGAGGGGGAAUGUGCCAACGCUGCUCCAGCAAAGGCCAACUGCAGUCAGUACCCCCAAACCAAAGGGAGAGUACUGUGCACCCGGACCUCCCAGAUGGUGUGUGGAACAGAUGGUGUGACACACAGCAGCGAGUGUAUGCUGUGCGACCGAAUCCUGAAAACGAGAUCUGAGAUUGGUAUAAAGCACAUAGGAGCGUGCGCUCAGAAGUAAAGGAGUUCAGACCACCAGCAAGUAUCAAAGCAGAAGCGUGACAAAGGGCAAGUCAUGGAAGAAUCGAUGUUAAGCAUGAAGGAAGUUGCUCUAAUCCUCAGUGCUGCCAAGCCUGCCUUCGUCCUUCUCCUACACUCUCGAGGGGACAGUCCUGCACUGGCUCAGGUGUAGGGAGAUGGCAUUAGAUGGCCCAGUCAGUCUUUUCCCAGCUCUAGCUCCUAUGAUUCUGUGGUCCCUCCGGGGAGUCCCAUUCUCCGCUCUCCUCACGUCACUAUAUCUCACUGUGCUGCUUCAAUAAAGUAAACUCAGCAGAAACCUGUUACUUUUCUCCACCAGGCCUCCUCUGAGGGACUUGUUUAAUCAGCACUUGAGCCGCACCCUCCGCAGAAGUAGCAGAUUAGGUUAGUGGAUAGACCCCUCUCGGGAUGGGUAGCUGGCCCUAGCUUUGCCCCUAGAUGUUACUCUGGUGGUUCACAUGAAGAGUCCAGGUGAGAAUAAAUACGCACCUGGGACUCCCAGUUCCUGUAAGUCACCUAUGAUGAUGCCACGCCAAAAGGGAGGAAGCAGCUCUAGUGGUUACAGCGUGGCCCUGGGAGUCAGGGGCUCCGGGCUCUGCACAGAUUCGUUGCGCAGCCUUUGGUAAGUGACUUUGCUCCUCUGUGACCCUGUUUCCAACAUCUGCAAAAAGGAGAUUAAUAAAAUAGUUCCCUACCUCACAGGGCUGUUGUGAGGCUUCCCUGGCUUGUGUUUGUAAAGCACUUUGAGAUCUGCCGGUGACUGGCCACUAUAAAACACUUUGAGAUCUG